AUGGCGAACCUAGCUGCAAUAAUUCCAUCUGCUAAAGCUGAUCUGGAAAUCAGGGAAGUUGAGAGGUAUAUACCGGGUCCAAACGAAAUCCUAGUCAAGAAUGAAGUUAUUUCAUUUAAUCCAAUCGAAUCCAAAAUCGCCAGGCUGGCCUUGCUCCCUGUCCCAUACCCAACCAUUCUUGGUCUUUCUUUUGGUGGCACUGUCGAGGCAAUAGGGUCCAACAUCAAGAAUUUCAAAGUCGGGGAUAAAGUGGCUGUUCGAAAAAGAUAUACUCAGACUGGGAUUCAGUACGGUGCAUAUCAGCGCUAUGUCUUAGCGGCUGAUGACACGGCCAGCAAGACCCCCAACGGAGUCGAUCUCACAGAUGCCGCUGUCCUUAUCGGAAACUUGACCACUGUUGUGGGAUUGUUUGGUGUACGUCUGUCGUUGAACAGACCUGAACUGAAGAGCGCACCCACACCGCAGAACACAAAGAUCUUGAUCUAUGGAGGUACCUCUAGCGUCGGCAGCCUUGCUGUACAAUGGGUCACCCAGGCCGGAUACGAUGCUGUUACUACAAGUUCACCAAAUCACCAGGACUUCGUCUCUAGGUUAGGCGCACUUUAUGUUGCUGACCACACUCAAGAGCCAAGGGCCUUGGUACAAGAUCUCACGAAUCACGGUCCAUACGGCUAUGUUGUCGAUACCAUCGGGCUUCCCGCGACCGUGGCUCUAAAUGCUCAAGUGGUUGCUGCACAAGGUGGUGGCAAGGUUUACGCAACACUCCCUUCGUUUGGUCCCGAAGCGCUGCCAGGGGGAGUGAUUCGCGAGUUCGCGUCAUGGCCAGACAUCUUCGACGAAGACAAAACGAAUCUGGAGAAGUGGACAUAUGAGACGUGGUUUCCUGAGGCUCUAGCAAAAGCACGACUUGUUGUCCAUCCCGUGGAGAAGGUCAAGGGAGGACUCAAGGGCGGGGUCAACGCCGCACUUGAUCGGCUCCUUGCGGGUGUCAGCGGAGUCAAGUUAGUUGCCGAUCCCUGGGAGUAA